CCCCGGCGCUCUGUGGUUGGCUGGCCCCUUGCGAAGCCCUCUCUCCAUUGGUGCCGGCUGUCGCGCGCGCGCGUCCCGGACACCCCCCCUCCCCGCAAGACCCGCCGCCGCCAGUUCUGCCCCCCAGGCGGUGCCUGCGGGGCGCUCGGCCGCGUCGCCCCCCACCCACCCACCCACCCUACCCCACCCGGAGUGGCUGCCCCCUUUCGGCCAGGGCAGAUGCGCUAAGAGGCGGCGGUGGCAGGAGGAGCAGGGCCUCUCCCGGGCGCCCGCCACCAUGUCCAUGCUGCCCACGUUUGGCUUCACCCAGGAGCAAGUGGCGUGCGUCUGCGAGGUUCUCCAGCAAGGUGGCAACAUCGAGAGGCUGGGCCGCUUCCUGUGGUCGCUGCCGGCUUGCGAGCACCUGCACAAGAACGAGAGCGUGCUGAAGGCCAAGGCCGUGGUGGCUUUCCACCGGGGCAACUUCCGCGAGCUCUACAAGAUCCUGGAGAGCCACCAGUUCUCGGCGCACAACCACCCCAAGCUGCAGCAACUGUGGCUCAAGGCGCACUACAUCGAGGCCGAGAAGCUGCGGGGGCGACCCCUAGGGGCGGUCGGCAAGUACCGGGUCCGCCGCAAGUUCCCCUUGCCCCGCUCCAUCUGGGACGGCGAGGAGACCAGCUACUGCUUCAAGGAGAAGAGCCGCAGCGUGCUGCGGGAAUGGUACGCGCACAACCCUUACCCGUCCCCUCGGGAGAAGAGGGAGCUGGCCGAAGCCACCGGGCUGACCACCACCCAAGUCAGCAACUGGUUCAAGAACCGGAGGCAGAGGGACCGGGCGGCCGAGGCCAAAGAAAGGUACGAGGAAAACAACGAGAAUUCCAGUUCCAACGGCCACAACCCGCUUUCCUCCUCCCUGAACGGCAACAAGGCGGUUUUGGGCAGCUCCGAAGACGAGAAAACGCCCUCGGGGACGCCGGAUCACUCUUCGUCCAGCCCGGCUUUACUGCUUAAUUCGAACCCAGGCUUGCAGCCGCUCCACAGCUUGGGCCACCCCCAGGGUCCUAGUGCCAUUCCUGUACCCAGCGCGGACCCUCUGCACCACCACAGUUUGCAAGACUCCAUCCUCAACUCCAUGUCCUCCAACCUGGUCGACCUGGGCUCUUAAGACGUUCGUGGCACCCAUGAUGUCCCUUGAAUCCAUGCUUCCCACUCGGCUUUUUAUUAUUUCUUUUUUUAAAGAAACAGAACACUCAUACCUAUUACCUGAAACAUUGAAAGGGAUAGCAAGCUUCUUCACACGGAUCCGUUGUCUGGCUUUGGAUCAAUGCUUGGUCGGCUGACUAAUGACUUUUGGGGAAGGUACUGUAACCUCAAUACCCUGGCAAGUCUUAAGAGGGUUUGGCGAAGCUGGUGGACUCUUCCUUAAAAGUUGUUGUGUGUGUGGUUUUGCAGGGGUGGGGAUGGUGGAAGGGGAGCAAAGGAGGUCAGAGCAGCCCCUCACUUGGGAGAGGAAGGGACUUGGCUGGCAGCUUCAGCCUUCACAAUCUCUAUGGGAGUUUAUCAGGUCCAGUUUGCGGGUUGCCAACUUCUCAGCCAGCCUCUGGAGCUGCGCUUGAACCCUGAUCAGCAACAAGUGAAGCUUUGUAGGCCUUGAAGAGACCAAAAGGUCCACCAGGCACCAGCAGCACCCUCUUCUCCUCCAUGGCCAACCAGAGGCCUCUGGGAAGCAGAGAGUUGCCCCACUCCCCAGCUCUUAACCCCAUUCUGAAUGCCAAUUGCUCUCUAGCAACAUGGUCUUCAGAGAGGCGUCUGCUGCCUCUGACCGGAAGCUUCCAUUGCGAUCACGGCUGGAGACCUCUAGUAUGGUACAUCUAUAGUCCAUCCAGUUAGUUCUAAUCCCCUUUCAAAACCAUCUCUAAAGUCAUUGGCCCUCUUCGUUUCCGCAUCUGAAGCCGCUGAGGGUGGAGGGAAGGCCUAUUAAUCGAGCGCAGAUGCUGCUUGCGAAGUUGGCAACUCCAUCCCAUCCGGUUUGUUCUGCUUCUGAAUCUUGGGAAACAACGUGCUUGGGAAUAAUGUCUGGCUGAAAUCAGGGGGGCUUCUUUCCAAACGGGAGGCUUCUCCCCUCAACCCCCCACCCCCACCCCGCCCCAGAUUUUUGGAUCGGACUCCAGCCUAGCAACUCUGUUGAUUGUAAAGGGGCUACUAUAGCCUGAGAAUGGCAGAAAGCACGUUGCAUCGUGGGGCUGGAUCCGAAGGCUGGUGAGGAGAGUAGCAGCUGAAAUUCCAGCGCUGUAGUAGCUGCCAGCUGCCGUAAAGGCAACCCCAGCAUAGCUGUCAACUUUUCCCGUUUUUAAAGGGAAAUUCCCUUAUUCCGAAUAGGAUUCCUCGCAAGAAAAGUUGACAGCUAUGAAUCCCAGCCCUUAUUCUUCUCCUUUGUAGCUGAUGCUAGGCAAAGAAAGUGGGGAAGGGGAGGGACUUAUUUCGUCUUCUUCGUGUGGUCCCCCCUCCCUUAAGCCAUUCUUUAGGUGUGAAGGACAAGCAAGGUGCGAUCCACAAAUCGCUUAAGCCACAGAACUUGCCUUCAAGCCGAUCCAGUGGCUCCAGAGUUGGACUUGGAAGCCGGGAGAUCUGGGUUGAGCUCCUCGACUCAGUGGGCGCUCUUCAGCUUCAGUUCCCUCAUCUGUAAAAUGGGAACAAAGGCGAACUACCUCGCAGGGCUGUUUGUGAGGAUAAAGACUGUACAGCGUUUUGCACAUUUAACAUUGAGAUAGCCUAUAUCACCCUUAUUAUUAAUAAUAUUUUUAUUCAUAAUAAUAAUAUUUCCCUCUAUUCCUUCCCCUUCGGAGUCUGCGGGGCCACCCAGGAUAAUGUGCGGAGUUGUCCGGGCUUGUGCGCCAGGCCCGGACUCUGACCCGCUUGGAGCCCACGGCACCCAUUCAAAUCAUAACAGGGCCAAGAGCAGGCGUUAUAUCUCUAUCUCUACCUAUCUAUAUGUGUAUAUUAUAAUAAGCCAUUGCUGCUCAUCGAAACCCAAGGAAAGUUAUCACGCGCCAGCGAGGCCCCCUCAACUUCUCUGUAUUGUUUAUAUUAUGUGAAUACGGUAUUUGGGAAAAAAAUAAUAUUUCUGCUUCUAUUUUAUAAUAAAAUCGAGAAAUCCA